CUUUGAUGACCGCAAGGGCAUUGAGCCAGUUACGGAAUGCUUGUGCUGGCGUGACCAGACCUUCAACAGAAUGAAAGAAUCAUACCGCUUGACGCUGAACGUUCACUGACGCUGUGUAUAUAGCUGCUUGUAUGAUUGUAAAGAAAAGACGCCCUGGGAAUCCACAGGUGAGUCUUUUAUCUGAUAACACUCUCGGCUUUUGUUGGCAAUUAGAAUGUUGUUAAGGAACUCAAUGAAAAAUGUCGCUAUCAAGGACAGAGCGACAGCGCGGUUUGUUAUCGCUCCGGUCGCGCGUCUGUCUUUGGCUUGUUUAUUUCCUUUCUUUAUUUUAGUUAAUCCUGUUGCUUGAGUUAUUCCACUUUAGUUCCGUGCAUUUAAUGACUACGACAUAACUAAACCCGUGGAAACACUAUCUUGAGAGUCAGUUGUAUGAACCCCACUUUUUUCGACGACAGCUCACUCUGAAUUCGACUUUGAGCAUGAAGAAAUAUUACAACUGUUAGGAAAUACCAGACUGAGUUUCUGUUGGCCGACCAGCUGUUGCUUAUGUAUUUGAUCCGUAAUUAACCGGUUAAAAGGUAAUUUAUUCAUCUGAUCAUGAAAUUGAACCACAAAAGUCAAUUCAUUUCGAAGAGUUGUCCACUGUUUCUCAAGACUCCUCCAACGCGCUACGGGUCCAUCUUUCCCUUGAAGUUUUAUUCUGGAUUCGCGGAUUUAUGUUCCCCCCAAAAAGGUAUUGCAUUUUUUAUGAAACGGAGCGAUCGAAUUUUGAAAUGGCUCUCCUAGUGUGACGCUUGAUCUUCGCAUCUUUUGAAGUGCAAAGUAAAUUUUCCGGCGGUUUCAAGAGAAUGUAAGGUCAGUUCCAGGUCGGGAGUUAAAAUAUUGAAGCCUUGCGUUUAGGGUUUGUUCGUUUAUUUCAUGGCAAUUUUUUUUUCUCUGUCUGACAGCUAACCUUCAACCACAUUUACAUGUAGCUCUUGUACAUUGUCACGUAAUUUGAACAACAGGUUUAAAGUGUGAACAAACACAUUUAACAACACGCUCCUUUUGUGAGUAUGUGGUCCUUGUAAUGUUUUAUUUAGACCGCGUUCUCAUAAAAAAUUACUACAAUGCUGUCGAGCUCGUAAGCUUUUUCUUUGAAUUAAUUUUAAUCGCCUAAUGGCGCUAAAUGAUGGCUGGUGAGAAUAUCACAUUAAACCUGUCUAGCUUCUUGUAUAAAAUUCUUUAGUCUGUUUACGUGUACUUUUUUCUUUGCAGGAAUAUAAUGCAUAGAUUCGCUCUUCUUUUUAACCUUAUGGUUUUGGGCUUAUUUUCUCAAGUUUGUGGUAUGUUCAUAUCUUUAUUUUCUGUGGUUUACCCUUAAAUGUUUACGAUAACAAAAAAAGAGAAAGCCUUGCUUCGGCCUUCAAAUCUGUCAAAGAAACCCCUAAAAGUUUUGUUUUAUAAAUACUAAACAAAGAAAAGCGCUAGCGUGGACUGAUUUUAAGGAAUCACUUUCCUUCAAGGCGUCGAUUUUUUUUGUCACGAUUGGAAAUUAUUCAUCUUUUUGUUCAAAAGAAAAUAUCUUUUGUGACAGAUAUUUAAAUAAUGAAAAAAUCACGGUCGACAGGUGAUCAUCUUCUUUUGUCAAAAUAAGAAAAACAAGAUGAUAUCAGGAAAGGAAAAGCGUUUCUCGUUUCCCGAGGAUAAAGUUUUCUGUAUUUCGCUGUUGGGGGCAGAGAAAUGCAAUUUACCAGUGGCAUUUAUUGAUUGAAAAAAGGUAUUUUUCCUUUUUCUUUUACCCCCUUUCUCUUUUUUUUGUGGUUGUUUUUGUUUUUCAUUUUGACUAAUGAAAAUUAAAAUGUUGCUUCUUUCUUUGAAUGUAAACAACUGCCAGAAAUAAAUAAAACUUCAAUAUUUGCUUAGCAUUGUGGUUUCAGUUGAAAAUAGACAAUUUCAUUUAAAUGUAGUUGUUAGAUUAAGCUGACUUUGAUUUUUAAGUUAUCAAAUUUUUAAUGGUUUAGUAUACCUGUAAAAUUAUUGUAAAUUAUUAAAAAUGAUUUUGUUAGUCUGUCUAUAUAUUUUGCUAUUUACAUUUACUUGUUUUGAAGUUUCCUGUGAUUUUAUCUAUGAAGACUCUAUUUUUGUGACAACCAUUAUUUUAUUGGAAAGUCUGGAUUUUGCUGAUGAGUUUUAUUUUUGGAUUUCCCAACAAAAAAGCAGAAUUAUCUAAAAAUAUAUUUUGAGGCUCUGAAAUCUUCUUAGGAAUGGAUAAUUUUCAGUUUUGAGAAGGAAAAAUGCAAAAUCCCUUUUGGAAAAUCUGAAGAUCUAUCAUGCAGUAAGGUGUGGGUGUCCAAGGUUAGAAGGUUUUGUGACAAUUCAUAGAGUUCCUUUCUUUUUGUCUUGGGUUUUCUAACUGUUGCUGCAAGAUCUCAAAAUCUUGGCAAGGAUUUCAUUUUUCACUAUCCGUUAUUGUACAGUAGUUUCUGUAGUAAGCUCUAAUGAUGUAAUAACAUUAAAGUACUGGCCUCCCCAUAAUUGGCACCAACCCCUUGAAUAAACACUUUCUUACGUAGUUAGAUUAAAAAAAAAAUUAUCACUGGUAUGAUGAAAUUUGCCCACAGCUUUCAUAGUUAAUUUUUGAACAUACAUAUUAACAGCGAGGAAUGCUGGACAGUGGUUGCCUAGGUAACACGUUUGGACACCCUUAUCAAGAACGCCUUGAUGCAUCUCUGAUAAUUAAGUUCAAGGAGGGCCUUGUUGUUCAUAAUGUAUAUUGAGACUACUAAUAUAAACUGCCAAUAAAAUACUAUUUGUUCAAGUGAAUUUUCGUUUAGACUUUAUCAGAAUAAAACAGAUUAUGUAACAAAUAUGGAGGGGAAAACGUAAUACACGCCUCCCCUCAAUAAAGUACCGCUUUUACCAAUCCCCCCUCCCCCUCCCUAGGAGUUUAUUCCAAGAAACAAGGGUAUACAUGGGUAUACAUGUACAAUUGUGUAGUGUUUCAUUUCAUUAUUUUAUAAUUUACUCGUAGGGGUUAAGAAUAUUCCUAACUGCAGGCAAAUAGAGUCGUCAUGUGGUGAAUGUAUACAAAAUAUUGAUCCUCCAUGUUCUUGGUGUGAAGAUACUGUGAGUACUCUUUGUUUUUUUUUAGUUGGUUUGUGGAUUUCAUUCUUAAUGUGGGGUAAUUUUUUAAUUCCGAUAGUUUUUUGGUAGCAGUUGUCCCUUUUCCUUUGUAAAUGAUUUAGUUUUCUGAUAAAAGAAGGCUGCUUUUCUUUUUUAGUUAGAGCCAGUUAUUAACUACUGAAAUAUUCUGGCAAUGAGCUCUUUAACUGUCAAUUAUUAAUUUGUUGAAAUUAUUGAAGGGUUUUACAACAUGGAUGGCUUUAAAGGGAAUUUCCUUUGGUUCAAAAAUAAUAACAGCUUUUGACCUUUGUGGGGGCUUUUUGUUUGCAUAGGAGUAUGUUUGGUUAGAGCAACCAAGAGACAGAUGUGAUACACAUGCUAACCACACCAAAAAUGGAUGCAAGAAUAUAGCGAAUCCUAAAUCCAAAUUGGUUACAAAUGAAGUAAGUUAAUAAUUCUGUAAGUAUACUAUAAUAAGAUAAUAAUUUAUUAGCCUAGCUUAUAAGUUUGGCUGUAAAUCUCUUUCUUAAUGUGCAAACUCUUGUGAGAAUACAGUAAUGUUCAAAACUAAGUUGACAGUCUGUUGUGAGUCUCGAUUCUCGACUCUCAUUUCCUGCACAAAUCAGAAACGUAAAAAUUCCAAAAAUAAGCCCCUGGGCUAAUAUUUUUCAAAGGCUUUUUUUGAGGGGCUUAUAUUCGGAGGGGCUUAUCUAUGGAGGGAAAUUUGAGUUUCAAAAUCGAUUUGGCUAGCCUUAUAGAUGGAAGUAAAUUUACCAUUUUUGCUUCGUUUUACUUUGUAUUUGAGGGCAAUUUUCCAAGUACAAGCCCCCAGGGGGCUUAUAUUUGGAGGGGCGAUUUAACGGAGGGUUUUUUGCGUUACCGGUUUGGGGGGCUUAUAUUUGGAGGGGCUUAUACACGGAGGGGCUUAUUUUCGGAAUUUUACGGUAGUUAUUGAAAAAGGAGUCUCAGGAGACAGAAAACAGUACAUUCAACUACAGUGUAUGUUUGAUGAUCUCUCAAUAAUUUUAUAACACAACAUACAGUGUAGUUUAUGCCUUAAUUUCUCUAAUAUUCUAAUUGCAAACAAUAAAAUUAAUAUACAGUGCAGCUCAGAAAUAACCAUUCAAAAAUUUGCGCACAAAUCGCAUGUGCUUAAUUUGUGUGUACGCAUCUGCAUCCGAUCAGUGUGCAUCCACUUUAGAUGCGUCUGAUUAGUAUGUAUGAGCUUAGCUUAUUGUCUACUUACUGUUCUUAUUUUGGUGUUAGUUUUAUUGGACUUUAUUGUAAGUGAAUGGAUCUUAAACAAUGAAAGUAGAUUUGGGCAACUGAGCAACUGUAUGAAAGUAGACUGAUACAUUUAUCUACCUAUAGCGUGACUCAAACAUUUUUUUAAACAAGUCCUGACAUCAUCAGGACUAAAUGAAUUCAUGCACAUCUGUAGUUGAAGCAUCUUGUACUUUAAAACUGAAAAGUUUCUAUUUUAAGAAAGGGUUCUGAAAUGAACACUUAUUUCAUAAAGUAAACCUAUUUCUCUACCUAGUCUGCUCGCAAAACUUUCAAUGACAUAAAUUUAUAAAGCACAAUUAGCAGCGUGCAAAGAAAGUAGUGUCCUAUAGCCCGGGGCUAGUGGAUUUUGCUAUCAGGCUAGUGAAUUCUGUUCUUAACUUUCCCAACGGGCAAGUGAAUUAGUAUUUUGAGGAAUUCAACUUACAGAAGAACUGUGAAAUCAAUUCUGCUCAUCAAAAAAUUUUGGGGGCUAGUUGACUAGUAAAUGCUAGCUUCAGCUUGCGCGAAUGGCAAGCUGUAAAAAUGACUUUCUUUGCACCCUGAUUAGUGUCAGUCAUUUGGCUACAGCGAAAUUAGCUAAGACCUUGGCUGCAUCACUUUGUACUUAUAAACAUUCACAGAACAUAUUUCCCAAAGAGUCAAUAGAGCGAGCAAUGUUUAUUGGGAAGAUAUUUAAACUUACCCAUCAUUAAUUAUAGCCAACAUUUUGUGUCUUUGACAAAACAUGAAUCAAUCAAUCACUCAAUCAAUCAAUCAAUGAAUCAAUCAAUUUAUUUUGACACAUAAUGUCGAGGAGCUAAAAAACUCGUUCUAUAAUAAUUACAGUUAUUUUAUAACAUUAUUCUAUUAAGAAAAACAACUCAAUAAAUAUAUGAAAAGUUAGUAAUAAAAAGAUAAAAUAAAAAAAGCUAAAACCUACUAAAAAGCCAUAUACUAAAAACAAUACAGGAAUUAGUACGUAUUCAAUUUUGGGGGGGUGUGAGGGGAAAGGAGGUGGGGUGGGUGCUUAUUCGAGGUGGAGGCUAAUGCGAGGUUGGGCGCUUAUUCAAAUAAAUGCGGUAUAAUAAGCUAGGUUAAAAUUAUGCAAUCAUUACAAACUUUUGUGUGCUGUUUACUUUGCCAUAUGUAACUGAUUCUCGUUGAUUAGCACAUAAUAUACAACCGAGGCAAGUGUAGGCUUACAAUCAACUGACUUCUUGGUGCCUUUGCGUUACAUUUACUACCUGCAGAAUAUGCAAAUUAUCUCUCGUUUGGGUGCCAUGAAACUUUGACUACGAUGUCAGCUGCCCUGUAUCUUGUUAUUCACUUGUAGGAUAGACAACUUGAUACAGAUGUCAAGGUGAAACCACAGAAUGUUACUCUGUCACUUAGACCAGGUGAGUGAUAAUUAUUAAUUGCCAUAUAAUAAUUAUGGAGCGAUCGUCUUUUUCUCAUCAGAAGGGAGACUAGUGUAUGUUACAGGUCAAAAUUAAACUCAAGUUAAAAUUUUUAAACCAACAUUAAUUCUCAAUUUCCUUGUUAAACUAGAGUUAAAUUUUAGCCAAUUUGCUCUGUCUUCUAGACCUGACUAUUCAUGAGUGAUUAGGACUAGGACAUAAAAUCAACCUAGGUUAGAAAAUUUUAUUCUGAAUUCUUGUUUUGCCUAUAACAUGUACACCUGCAUAAAAGGCUACAUUAUAUGUGUUAUUGACCAUGAGUGAGGUCCAGGUUGCUUGAAAUUAUUAUUGACAAGUUUCCUUUUUUUUUCAUUUUUAUUGACUGGCAGAGAUUUAAUAGUCUGUACAUGUAUUUGCAUAACUGUGAUGAAUAUUACACUGUAUUUCAUGGUUCCACAGGUCAACCAGCCACAGUUAAGGUUGUCGUUAAGAUGCCAGAAAAUUAUCCGGUAGAUUUGUAUUAUUUGAUGGACUUAUCAGGUUCCAUGGUAGAGGACCUUAAGAAGUUUCCUGCCCUUGGAGAGAGUAUAGGUUUGCAACAAUGAAUUGCAUUUUAUGUGUACAGUAGUUCUCAUUUGCCACCAACAUACCUGCAGUAUAAUCACAGGUUAAUAUUAAAUGGCUAAGGUACUGUUUUGAUCUGAGAAUACAUGUAGAAUUUCGAAAUCACCAGAUGAGCUAUCCCAUUUUUUGCUGCAGCAUGCCUGACCUCCAAUUGAAGUGAGUUAACUUCAGAGGCAUGCUGGCAGUAAAUAUCUGUGGUGGUUUUUGCUCGGACCAGUGCAUAAUUAUUUCAUUCUCAUAUGCCAGAACAGUAUCAUAGCCAGUAACAGUACUAGUGGCUCUUUCACAGGUUCAGUGUACAGUAGGUUGAUUGGCUGCAUACAUUGUACAUGUACAUUGUAUAUAAAACAUAAUACAAUUAACGACUGUAGUUCAUCUUCAACAAUAAAGAUCUUGUAACACAUCUAUUUCAAAACACACUAGGCUCUCCUCAAAGGAAAUAUACUGCUCACAGGAUGUCUUCGUGAUUCCUCCACAAAUCACAUGCUAAAACAUAAACCUAAAUAAGUCAUUAAGGAAAAGAUCAAAGCUCUGCCAACUGCAUUUGUUUCGUACAGUCAUGCAAAAGACAUUGUUUUGAUAAAUUAUGCUCUGGUCUCAUACUGUAUAAUUUUAUACUGGUACAAUGUGUGUUCUUAAUUUUAUAGUUGUUGUUGUUUGUUUUUCUUUUAUUUACUUUAUUUGACAGCAAAAGAAAUGAAAAACAUCACAUCCAAUUUUCGUCUUGGUUUUGGGGGAUUUGUGGACAAGCCAAGAGCUCCAUAUAUUGACACUCAACCUCAAAGGUAAGUACUAUUUGUUUUAUCAGCUCAUUUUUCUUGUGUACAUUUGUGUAUAGUUUUCGUUUCAUGACCCAGCCACUAUAAGCGUUACGUAGCCUGCGAGCAAGCUCUCCUAUUUGGGCAAGCGAAGCGAGCCUCGCGAGAACGCGCGAGCGAGACUCGUUUCACUCGCCCAAAUAGGAGAGCUUGCUCGCAGGCUAACUUACAGUUAAAUAACUUUGCUUUUUAUUAUUUUUUAUUUUUUUAUUAUUUUCUUUAAUCAAGAGCACAAGAUUGUUAAUUUGUUGCUCUUGUUAUCAAGGGAGGGCCACAAGUUUACCAGUUCU